AUCACCACAAACGCUAGGGUUUAGCUUUCGGGUUUCACGAAGGAAUGUUAUAUAUCCUCAUCUCAUUUCUUGUUAGAGUCAGACCCUCGUCUCUCAUCUCCUCACAUCUUCUCAGAACCAGAAUCGCAUGCAGCCGCACGGCCUCGUUAAUCCUCAUCCUCUUCUCUUCUUCUCGCAAGUUGCUGCAGGCAGCACCAGGAGCCUCCGUUUGCCGGUGACGUGACACAGUAACAACACAUUGAGACAUCGGGUAACUUUAGUCCUCGUAACAGAGGAUCAAGGCAACUCGUUGAGGGUUUCGUAAUCCAUCCAUCUCUCUUUCAAUACUCUCCCAACUUGCCCAUGCAUUUUUCGGAAAUAAGUCCACCCAUGGAGGUAGCAACGCGAUUCUCAUCCCAAAAUCACUUCCAUCCACACAGCUUCUUUACAAAACCUAACGUCAAACUUCCGGUAAGACAAGCUCACCGCAUCCAAUGUUUUCGUAUACGCUGCAAUGGACCUCGGUUUCACCUCAAUACAACACAUUUUCCUUCGCUGAACCGCUCGCGGUGCUUGAAAUCGUACCGAAAACUUUCCGUUAAUGUCUCCAACGGGGUUCGAGGCGAACACCGUUAUGUCGACGAGCUUUCGAAUAAGGAAAUUAUUCCAAUGCAUAGCGGCAACGACGGGGAAGCAAUUGUUGCUGCUCCUGGUGGUGACGAUUGUAGAACCCCACCUUUCAGACGAAAAACAUUCAAAAACAAGUUUUUGAACUUCGUGCGGUUCAGUUCUGUGAUCAACGAUGCUGCGGAAUCGUUCUUCAAGAGCGAGAUAAGGAGGAGAUUGUUCGUGACUGCCGUGCUGAUUGUGGUUAGUCGUAUUGGUUAUUUCAUUCCUCUUCCUGGAUUUGACAGAAGGUUGAUACCGCAAGACUUCCUUAGCUUUGCCUCUGGAAGUGUUGAUGAACUUGGCGACUUCUCCUACGAGCUCAAGUUAUCUCUUUUCCAGCUUGGAAUUAGUCCCCAGAUAUUUGCGUCUAUUAUUAUGCAGGUACUGUGUCAUGUUAUUCCUUCUCUAGUAAAGCUCCGCAAAGAAGGUUUGGAUGGACACGAGAAGAUUAAGAGUUAUAUAUGGUGGAUGUCAUUUGGCUUUGCAAUUUCGGAAGCUUUUAUAAUAUCUUGCCACUCGCUUCCAUAUUCAAUCUAUGCCGCCAGCCAAUGCGUCAAACAUGUAUUGGUGACAACCUGUUUGUUGGUUUGCGGUGCAAUGACUAUUACAUGGAUCUGUGACACUAUAUCAGAAUCUGGAUUUGGUCAAGGUUCAUCUCUCAUCAUAUGUGUGGGAAUACUCACGGGUUACGUGGAGACGCUACACAAAAUGAUCACUCAGCUUUCCGUGAAUGGUCUGGGUGGUGUGACUUGGUGCCAAUAUCUGCUUGCAGUGUUGGGUAUUUUCACCAUAGUUACUAUGUGGGCAGUUGUGGUAACUGAAAGUUGCAGGAAAGUAAAGCUUCAGUACUAUGGUUUCAAACUUGCUUCUGCUGCAAGGGAGCAAUCACCAAUUACUGAAGUCGAACCGUAUAUUCCUUUCAAUAUUAAUCCAUCUGGAAUGCAACCUGUUCUUACUACCUCUUACCUCUUAGCAUUUCCAAGUAUUCUAGCCAGUCUGCUUCAAUCACGUUUCUGGGAGCACGUAAAGGAGAUAUUGAACCCUGAAAAUUCUGUUGGUGCUGAGCCAUGGGUUUACUAUUCAAUUUAUGCUCUUUUUGUCUUCCUAUUCAAUAUAUUUGAUAUUGCUAACCUGCCAAAGGAAAUUGCUGAUUACUUAAAUAAGAUGGGUGCAAGAAUACCAAACAUAAAGCCUGGAAAGGCUACUAUAGAAUACCUAAUAAAGAUUCAGGCAUCCACACGAUUUUGGGGGGGACUGCUGUUAAGUGUAUUGGCCACUACAUCUACUAUUCUUGAUCACCAUUUACGGCGCAUCAAUGCUGGAUUUGCUAUUGGUUUUACCUCAGUUCUAAUUAUUGUUGGUUCCCUUAUCGAACUUAGAAGAUCAUAUCAAGCAUAUAAUGUGAUGCCAAGCUUAAGCAAUGCUUUGAAACGUUAUGGCGUAUAGCAUCUCUAAAGGCCAUGCUGUCAUACUUCUGCACCAUUCUAUUUAAUACCUCGAGGAUAAUCCUUCGCUCUCUGUUGGUAAGUCGUAUGAAUUUCCAGGAAGCUUGUAUUUCUGAGUUAUACAAGUAUAGCUUGUGGAUCAUACCGUGAGGUCAAGUAGCAUACAAGGUGCUAAAUGCUGCGACUAAAAGUUGAUAAGUGGCAGUAGCUGAUUCAAACGCCUUUUUUUUCUCUCUUUUUAAUUUAUUUAAUAUACGUGUGAAAAAGUUUGUUUGCUGCGAAACUGUUGCUAAUAUAGUUGCUGCUGCUGCAGCUGAACUUUGUACAGGGAAGUACAUACUAGUAGCAAUAUAUUUUAGAAUACUAAUUGGGAGGCAUGUCUUACUACAUUUGAAGGUAAUUUACUCUUACAACUGGAUGAAAUGCCAUGUGAGGCCUUUUCGCUUGAUUAGAUAGCAUUUCGCAUCUCUGUAUGCUUAAACUAAACAUGAAAGAGAUACCUUUCCAAAAAAAGGAAAAUACCUUCUAAUA